AUCGACAUCUCGAUUGCUGCUGGUGCAACUGCGAGAGUAGCAACAGAGCGGAUGAAAGAACGAGAAUCAUUGUUGGAUGAACAGUGGUAUCGCGGUAGACUUUGGGUACAGCUUUGAAAGGGUAAACUGUAAGUGAGGAAGAACGGACGAAGAGAGGCGCGUCGAGAGAGAAAGAGAAAGCGGGCGCGUGUGGCAAGGUCGGUGUGUGGUGCGUGCGGUGCAGUUACGGGCUUUAUUAAAGUGCAGUCGGCCGGGUUGAAAAACAAUCGACGGACAUAAUACGGCGCCCCGUGAAGUCCGAUGUCUAGUGCUGAGGUGGUGGAGAGUUCCGUUGACCCCCCAGCUAAGAAGCGACGCGUUGCUGCCACCACGGGAGGAGGCGACGACGAUCCGACGACGACCGCAGACAUGGCGAAAAAUGGCUCGACGUCCCGGGCUACCACCGAAAUUGACGAGGGUCUAUACUCCAGGCAGCUCUACGUCCUCGGCCAUGACGCUAUGCGUCGCAUGGCAUCCUCGAAUGUCUUGAUAUCCGGUCUUGGCGGACUCGGCGUUGAAAUCGCCAAGAACGUCAUCCUCGGCGGCGUCAAGUCCGUUACCUUGCACGAUGACGCAUUGUGCCAGAUUUCAGACCUCGGCUCACAGUUCUAUCUUACCGAGGCGGACGUAGGUAAAAACCGUGCUAUUGCUUGCUGUCAACGCUUGUCUGAGCUGAACAAUUAUGUCCCUACAUGUCACUACUCCGGGCCUUUAACAGAUUCCUUUAUUAAGAAGUUCAAGGUUGUGGUUUUGACUGAAACUCCAUUGAAUGAACAAUUACGUAUCUGUGAAAUUACUCACGCAAAUGAUAUAGCACUUAUUAUAGCAGAUACCAGAGGCCUAUUUUCUCAAGUCUUUUGUGAUUUUGGAGAAAAAUUUACGGUAGUUGAUGUCAAUGGUGAACCACCUGUAAGUUCAAUGGUUGCCAGUAUUUCGCAAGAUACCGAAGGUGUUGUUACUUGUUUAGACGAUACGCGUCAUGGUAUGGAGGAUGGUGACUCUGUCACCUUUUCUGAAGUACAGGGCAUGACAGAACUAAAUGGUUGUGAUCCAAUAAAGAUAAAAGUUCUUGGUCCAUACACUUUCAGCAUUGGGGAUACAUCUAAAUAUUCUGAAUAUAUUCGGGGUGGUAUAGUAACACAAGUAAAAAUGCCAAAGAUCUUACAAUUUGCUUCUUUGAAAGAUGCUUUGAAGACACCAAAGUUCCAGAUAACUGAUUUUGGAAAGUUUGACUAUCCAGAACAGAUACAUUUGGCUUUUAUUGUAUUACAUAAAUACGUAGAAGAAAAUGGACAAUUACCUAGACCAUGGAAUCAAGAGGAUGCAGACAAAUUUCUGAACCUCGCUAAAACUGUCAAGGAGGAAGUAGGCAGUGAAACGGAAAUAAAUGCAGAGCUGCUUGAAAUAUUUGCAAAGAUAUGCUCUGGAAAUUUAAAUCCAAUGAAUGCUACCAUUGGAGGAAUUGUAGCCCAAGAAGUGAUGAAGGCCUGUUCUGGAAAGUUCCACCCUAUAUUCCAAUGGUUGUAUUUUGAUGCCAUUGAGUGUCUACCUGCAGAUCGUUCUGAACUUACAGAAGAAGAUUGUCGUCCUAUUGGAUCACGUUAUGAUUCACAGGUUGCAGUUUUCGGCCGCAAAUUCCAGUCAAAGAUUGGAAGCUUGAAAUACUUUGUUGUAGGAGCUGGAGCCAUUGGGUGUGAAUUGCUCAAGAACUUUGCAAUGUUAGGUGUUGGUGCUGAAAAUGGUAGUGUAAUAGUCACUGACAUGGAUUUGAUAGAAAAAUCUAACUUGAAUAGACAAUUCUUAUUUAGACCAUCUGACGUUCAGCAAUCCAAAUCAUCAACAGCAGCUAGAGUUAUAAAAAGUAUGAAUCCUGACAUGAAGGUGAUUGCUCAUGAAAACAGAGUAUGUCCUGAAACAGAGAAAGUAUAUAACGACGACUUUUUUGAGGUUUUAGACGGGGUUGCGAAUGCGUUAGAUAACGUUAACGCCCGUAUUUAUAUGGAUCGUCGUUGUGUAUAUUAUAGGAAACCCCUCUUGGAAUCUGGUACAUUAGGUACAAAGGGUAAUACUCAAGUUGUUGUUCCAUUUUUAACUGAAUCAUACAGCUCCUCCCAAGAUCCUCCGGAAAAGACUGUACCAAUCUGCACACUAAAGAAUUUUCCCUAUGCUAUAGAACACACUCUGCAAUGGGCCAGAGACAAUUUCGAAGGUCUAUUUCGCCAAGCGGCGGAGAACGCCGCUCAACAUAUAUCCGAUCCACAAUUUGUGGAGAGAACGCUAAAAUUACCUGGAGUUCAACCACUAGAAGUAUUAGAAUCUGUUAAGACAGCCUUGGUCGAUGAAAGACCAAAAACAUUCGCCGACUGCAUCGCAUGGGCUCGUUGCCACUGGCAGGAACAAUACAGCAAUCAAAUUAGACAACUUCUGUAUAAUUUUCCUCCUGAUCAAGUAACAUCCAGUGGUCAACCAUUUUGGUCUGGACCAAAAAGAUGCCCCAAACCACUCACAUUUAAUGUUAAUGAUCCAUUACAUUUAGACUAUAUUGUAGCUGCUGCUAAUUUAAAAGCAAAAGUUUAUGGUAUUCCUGUUAAUAGAAACCGAGAUGAAAUAGCUAGGAUUGUUAGCACUGUUCAAGUGCCAGAAUUCACACCAAAAUCUGGAGUGAAAAUUGCGGAAACGGAUUCACAGGUACAAGCGUCCAAUGGUAGCGGAAAUAUAGAUCAUGAAAGACUCACUCAGUUACAAGAAGAACUACCAAGGGUUGAAGAUCUUAACGGCCUGGUAAUAUAUCCGCAAGAAUUCGAGAAAGAUGACGAUACUAACUUCCACAUAGACUUCAUUGUGGCAGCUUCAAAUCUCCGUGCUACCAACUACAAAAUUACACCAGCUGACAGACACAAGAGUAAACUAAUUGCUGGUAAAAUAAUACCAGCCAUUGCUACUACAACUUCAGUGGUAGCAGGUUUAGUUUGCCUCGAGCUUAUUAAACUGACUCGCGGCGUAAAAGAUCUGUCUGUUUAUAAGAAUGGCUUUGUCAACUUGGCUCUGCCAUUCUUCGGAUUCUCAGAGCCAAUUGCUGCGCCAAAACUAAAGUACUAUGAUUCAGAAUGGACCCUCUGGGAUCGAUUCGAAGUGAAAGGGGAGUUGACACUGAAGGAGUUCUUGGAUUACUUCAAAGAACAUCACAAUCUGGAGGUCACCAUGCUCUCUCAAGGUAUUUGCAUGCUUUACUCGUUCUUCAUGGCAAAGCCUAAAUGCCAAGAACGUAUGGGCCUUCUGAUGUCUGAAGUGGUGAAGAAGGUAUCGAAGAAGAAAUUGGAAAGCCAUAUACGUGCGUUGGUAUUUGAACUCUGCUGCAAUGAUGUUGAUGGCAAUGAUGUGGAAGUUCCAUAUGUUCGCUACACUUUGCCGUGAAAUACGUUGAUGUCACCAGGAUAAUGAGAGAUACUACUUAACUGACUUAGCCGUAGUAAUUUCCACAAAUUUCUAUUUUACAAUACGAUACGAGAGAAUAUUACUCUUUCUCUAUGUAAGGUUCUCAAAGUUUAAAAAAGAAAGGAAAAGAUUCGUUUCUAUCGUCGAUGCUUUGUAGCAUUUAUAAUAGCAAGGAAUCGCGGGAUCCACGGAGUUCAUCUUACUAUGAUCUCCCUUUUUCCUGAAUAUCGAUUUCAGGGCUGGAACUAUUUGUUCCCUUUUUCAUUCAUCACCUUUUGCUAUGUUUAUCCGAAAUAAUUUCAAUGAUAAUCGUAAAAUUUGUUCUUAGUUCUCGUCUUUCUUAAUAAACUAUAUUUUCAAAGAAAAAGAAAAUGAUCUAGCUCUAAGGUAAUUCGAACUGUUGAUAAAAGAGGUAUAUGAAGAUGAAAAUUUGUACAAGAGAAUCUACGAUCUUGUGCUGUUUAUAAAAUGAUAAAAAAAAGAAAAAAAAAAGGAGAGAAGAAGAAUAUGAAAAGGUUGCAAAAAGUUUAGUCCAUAUUGGAUCAUAAAGGGAAUUGUCAUGGUAAGAAUUUUCUUUGGGACUCACACACUUCACAACUUAAUGUAUAGGAUCAAAAUGUAAAUUACUGGAUGAUAAACUUAAUGGUCCUUAGACGAAUAAUUAACACAUUUAAUAUAGACCGCAAAUAAACAUAAUAAAAAGAAUCGGACGCAGAUAUAUCUUGCCUUUGUCGUAUCGCUUUUCAUUUUCUAUUUACUAUCAUUAUUUUCAUGAAUUAGAGACGCGCACGAAAUUGAAGAAAAAUAUCACAAUUGCUUCCCCCUCCUUUCGUUAUUAUUCUUAAUACGUGCUUGCUAUCGAACUCGAUAUUUUAAUAUUUUAUGUAAUCUAUACGUUAUUGAUGAUUUUUCAUUUUGUCCGCUUUACUUUUUUUAAUCACCGAAUACACUAUUGGCUAAGGCUGUUUGUUGUUAUUAAGGGAUAUUGCAUUUAAAUUUGUAAGAGCAGAUGUUUGGAAAGAAGCUUCAAAAGAAUAAUUGCACACUUUAGAUCAAGGAAUACGAGAAGAAAAAAAAAGGAAGAUAUUUUGUUAAUUUUAGGAUAAUGCGGAUAUUUAUUGUAUUAUUUUAUCAAUAGAUAAUAAAUAGAUGUGUUUGGAUUUCAAGAAACAUGAGAAAUAUAGUAAUGAAAAUAAAA